AUGUCUGCCGAUUCCAGCUCUCCUCUCGUCGUGAAGGAACCCAAAGACGGUGGGAUGCCGACGGAAGGCGAAAAGCUGAGGCUGGUCAUCAUUGGUGGCGCCCGGGGGGGAAUGUCCGCGGCGGUUCGAGCACGGCGACUCAAUGAAAACGCAUCGAUCAUUGUUAUCGAGCGAGGCUCUUAUAUCAGCUACACCAACUGUUUUGCCCCCUUCAGCCUGGGCGGUGCCAUUGAAAGGGAUACGUGGAUCGCAGUCCAAACCCCCGCGGGGCUCAAGGCUCGAUUCAACGUGGACGUGCGCGUCUGUACCGAGCUCGUCAGCAUCUCCAGAGAGCGUCAUUCGAUUACUGUGCGAUGUCGGAAGACCGACACCACCUAUGACUUGCCGUACGAUAAGAUGAUCCUCGCACAAGGCGCGGAUCCCGCUGGUCGCCCUAUGGCCGACAUCGAGAAAGACAAGGUGUUCCCGCUGCAGACCCCCGCCGAUCUGCAGGCCAUCCGAUCGUUCGUGGUGAAGAAUGAUUGUCGGGAGGUCGUCAUCCUCGGGGGCGCCUUCACGGGCCUGAAAGCCGUGGAGAGUCUGCAUAGUUUCGGCCUCCAUGUCCGCGUGGUCGAGGCUGGCGACCGCCUCUGUCCGGAAUUCGAUCCGGAUUUUGCCACGAUCAUUCAGAAAGAGCUCGUGAAAAGAGGAGUUGGGAUUCAUCUUGGACGGGGGGAAUGUCAAACGAUCGCCGAGACCGAGGACAGCGAUCGCUGUCGCAUAGAAUUCCACGAUGGCUCAAGCCUCUCCGCGGACCUGGUGGUCGUGGCCACGGAACCCGAGCCACGAGUGCAGCACGCCAAGAACGCAGGCCUCACGGUCAGGAAAGGGAUUGUGGUGAAUGCGUUCAUGCAGACCAGCGAUCCGGACAUCUAUGCCGUCGGCAGUGUCGCAGAGGUGGUGAACAGUAUCUCCCAUAUGCCGCAGGUGUCGUCGUCGAUGAGCGGAGCCUCGAAUCGACAGGGCCGACUCGCAGCGGAUCACAUCUUCACUCGUGCGACUGCGUAUCCGGGAACCGCUGGGACCCAUGUAUACCACGUCUUCCACUUGACAGCGGCCAUUACGGGGCUCUCCGUCUCCGAGCUCCGGCAGAUUGGAUAUGACCCUCAGUCCGUGACCAUCCACCAGCCGGACCAUGCGGGGUAUUUCCCGUCGGCCCAGCAGCUGACGUUGCGAGUGGCCUUUGAACGAGCGAGUGGCGUCCUGCUGGGUGCCCAGAUUAUCGGACAUUCUGGCGUGGACGGCCGCAUCGAUGUGCUCGCUACGGCCAUGCAGGCGGGGAUGACUGUCUUCGACUUGGAGCAUCUCGAGCUCUCCUAUAUGCCCCAGUAUGGCUCCGUGAGGGAUCCCGUCAAUCUGGCGGGCUCCGUGGGCAGUAACCUGCUUCGCGGGGACCUUCAUAUCGUCCAUCCUCAAGACCUACAAGACCAUCUGCACGAAUGGCCGAUUAUCGAUGUGCGGUCCGCCGAGCAUUUUGCCCAGGGCCAUCUACCGCUUGCGCGAAAUAUUCCUAUUGACACGCUGAGGUCACGGCUGGCUGAAAUCGGAAAGGAUCGGCCGGUCCUGGUCUACUCCAGGGUAGGCUACCAUGGCUAUCUGGCCUACCGAAACCUAGUGCAGUCGGGCUAUCGGGCCGCGAACCUGGAUGGGGGCUUGAAGUUGUUUACCGAUGGUGGAUAUCAGCCAGAAUUAACUGUGGACUAG